AUGCGUUAGUGGGGCAAACUGAAGCGCGACGAGCGCGUUCCGCAAGCCCAAGAGGCAAUAGUGGGUUGCUGGUAGAGAUGAUUUACGAUAACAACGCGCUUGUGCGUGGCAGCACUGCCGGUGACCUCUCCAGCACGACGCAGAGUGCCUUUGGCCCGUUCGCGACGCCCAGUAACGCAGCUAGCGGUAGCAUUGGACCUGCGUCACUCACCUCCACUUUCCGAGGUGGCAAUGCUUCCCUCUUUGCGAAUGCCGCUUCAAUGACGAGCACCGGGUUGUUUCCAAGUACACUCGGUACUAACGCGAACGAG